AUGUCUGAGAGUCUCCAUAGUCGCUGGGCAGAAAUCCGGUGGGGAGAUGACUGCGUCGUGUACGAGCCACGAAGCUCAUCACCGGAUACAAUACCGGAAGUACCGGUGUUGAGGAGAAGAACGGUGACAGAGGUGCGGAUGUCUAGAGCCCCCCAGAGCUCGGUAUCGUCAGUUAGAGGGAGAAAUUACCUAGCAGGAGUAGAGAAAGUGGUGAAGAGGACCACUACGCAAUCUACACAGACCCCCCCUUUGUGCCAGCUGCGUGCCAGUAAGCAAGAUACCGGUUCUAAAAUUCCAUUCAGGACGAGUGUGGAAGACAACACCGGUAUAACUAAACCAUAUGUUUCAGAUCAAACCACCCCGGCCCCCAAGAGUGUUCGUACAGUAGGUACGAUGGGAUCUAAGGUCUAUCUGGAGGUGAGACCCAACACUUGCUGGAAGUGCGGCAAGACAUGCCCCUCGCGGCAGGAGUGUCGAGGUCCACCACUCCUAUUUUGCAGCAGAUGUGGUUUGAUAGGUACGCAGACCAGGUACUGCGAAUGCGUACCCAGGAAACUGGCCCCACGGCCAACAGAAACUAGGUUGACGCCAGAACAGAUAGCCCUGCGUCCGUGUGCAAGAUGCACCAGAGAGAGGGAAGCCACGCAGCGGAGAGAAGAGAGGACUACUCACCAGAAAAUGAGAGAGAAAAAAGAUGAUGGGGAAAAUAUAACAAAUAAAAAGAAGAUACCGGUGUUUUUGUUUCCUAAUCCUUUUAAAGUACCCCAACAGCAACUGGCAGGAAAGAUGCAACCUCGAAAGAUGGUGGAUGCGUCAUUCAAGGAAGUAUCAACUGACGUAGUAGGACCUCUACCCCGCUCCAAGAAAGGUAAUUCCUAUAUUGUAGUUAUGCAGGACAGGUUUACCAAGUGGGUGGAAUGUCGACCAGUGAAGAAAGCCAACGCCAAGACUGUCUACAUGGCGUUAUAUGAACAGGUUGUACUGAAGUAUGGAUGUCCAACCACUGUGAUCUCCGACAAUGGGAAACAGUAUGACAGCCGGCUAUUCAGAGAAAACCUCCAGGCUAUGGGUAUCAAUCACCAGUUUACCCCUACGUAUACUCCACAAUGCAAUCCGGUUGAAAGGGCCAACCGAACACUGAAGACAAUGAUUGCUCAAUUCUGCGAGGCAGAUCACCGAAAUUGGGAUGAAAAGGUAGGAGAAUUAACCUUUGCUAUUAAUACUGCUCGACAGGACUCUACAGGAUUCUCUCCGGCAUAUCUAAAUUAUGGAAGGGAACUACGCAUCCCCAAAGCCAUAUAUGCCACGGAACCCAAGAAUCAAGGAUCUGGAGAUCCCAACGAGAACACCGAAGAAAGAGAAGAAAGUUUGACUCACCGUACAGAGCAGAUACAACAUCUACUGGAGGCCUAUGAGUUUGUAAGGACCAACCUAUACAGGGCAUUUAGUCGACAAGCUCAUAACUAUAACCUUCGACGUAGAGAAGUUCGUUUCCGGGUAGGCGAUCAAGUGCUUCGUCGUACACAUCACCUAUCAUCCGCCGUUAAUAACUUCGCAUCUAAGUUAGCUCCAAAGUUUGAAGGGCCAUUUCUUGUUGUGAAGGUGAUUUCACCAGUUAUUUAUGACCUGAAAGACCGGUCAGGUAAGAAAGUGAAUCACGUACAUGUUAAAGACCUAAAACCAUUUCAUAACUAGUAAGUUACUUCGUUAAACUCACCGAGAAAAAGUCAGAACUGAGGUAAAAAGAAAAA